UUUUCUAAGUCCAAUCCCCCUCUCUUUCUCUCUCUUCUCUUCUAACCAAAAGCUCAGAGCAGACGGACGCAGAGAGUCGGAGUCGACAAAAAAUUCGAAGCGAUUUUUUUGGAUUUCGGGAAAGAAAGAAGAGGGCGAGGAGAAGGGUUAUAGGGAGGAGAUGAAUGGUGGAGGAGAGGGGGGAGAGGAGAUGGAGGAGGACGAGAAGGAGGAGAAGGGGAAGGGGAGGGAGAGGGAGAAGGCGGUGCUGAUGUGGGGGUACCUGCCGGGGGUCUCGUCUCAGAGAUCGCCGCUGCUGUACCCGGUGGCCGUCCGGAUGCCGGAAUCCUCCGCCGGAGAUGGCUGGAUGGAUGUCUGUGGAGGCGGAUGUGGCUUCGCCAUGUCCAUCUCUGUAUCGGGCAAACUGCUUACAUGGGGUUCAACAGAUGAUAUGGGUCAAAGCUAUGUGACUUCUGGGAAGCAUGAGGAGACUCCUGAGCCAUUUCCUGUUCCAACUGAGGCAGCCAUUGUCAAUGCAGCAGCAGGGUGGGCUCACUGUGUUGCAGUUACAGCUGAUGGAGAUGUCUACACAUGGGGCUGGAAAGAAUGUGUUCCAACUGGGAGGUUUGUAGGAGACCAGACUUUAGGAGGGGCAUCUGAAAAAGAUGAAAGGCAUAAUGCAUCAUUGAACAAUCAAGAUAUAAUGAAUGGGAAAUUGAUUACAGUGAGCCCCAGGUCACAGAUGUCAAGAACAAGUAGUGGAACUGUAUCUGGUUCUGAGAGUAGAGGUGGGGAGGAGAGCGCAAAGCGUAGAAGGUUAUCUUCAGCUAAGCUAGGACAUGAAAGCUCAACAUCUGGUGAUGAAAAUCUUUCAGCUCCCCCAUGUCUAGUGACACUUAACACGGGAGUAAGGAUUGCUACAGUAGCUGCUGGUGGACGUCAUACGCUGGCACUGUCAGUUUCAGACGUCGGUCAGGUGUGGGGUUGGGGAUAUGGAGGGGAAGGUCAGCUUGGGUUGGGUUCUCGUAUCCGCUCUGUGUCUUCUCCUCACCCUAUACCUUGCAUUGAGUCAGCUGCUUAUGGCAAGGACCGACCACCUGCAGUUACCAUGGGGAAUAAGAUUUCAGAAGGGCAAACUUAUAAAGUCACAGGAAGCUGCGUAAAGGCCAUUGCUUGUGGAGGUCGUCAUAGUGCUGUUGUCACUGAUACUGGAGCACUGCUAACUUUUGGUUGGGGACUCUAUGGGCAGUGCGGGCAGGGAAGCACAAAUGAUGAACUGAGUCCAACUUGUGUGUCAUCUUUGUUGGGCAUCGAGAUACGAGGUAUUGCCGCCGGUCUGUGGCAUACUGUCUGCACAUCAGUUGAUGGUGGUGUGUAUUCUUUUGGUGGGAAUCAGUUCGGGCAGCUGGGAACUGGCUCUGAUCAGGCUGAGACUCUUCCUAAGCUAUUGGAUGCUGCAUGUUUGGAAAACAAGAAUGCCAAAACGGUCUCUUGUGGGGCACGUCACAGCGCCAUGCUUACAGAAGACGGAGAGGUUUUUAGCUGGGGAUGGAACAAGUAUGGUCAGCUUGGCUUGGGGGAUGCAAUAGACAGAAACAUACCGUCUCGGGUUCCGAUUGAAGCCUACAUCCCCACAAAUGUAUCUUGUGGUUGGUGGCAUACACUGAUGCUUGCUGAAUCGCCAACUUGAGUAUAAUUCCUGCACAUUGUUCUGCUUCACAAUUUUGUUAGGUUGAGUAGGUUUCACUGAAUGCAACGUCUAUAUGUACAAAUUCUAGCGAUACAUACACAUGGGCAUGCAUGUAUCUACUUUUUUUUUUAAUGUCUUUGACAUGCUGCAGUGUGUACUCAGCCCAUCUAUGAUCAUUUAUGCAAUGAAGCAGUCAUUCCUGUAUAAUAGCUAA